AUGAAGUCUUUCACUGCCAUCGUCUUCUCCCUCCUUGCGGCGUCCGUUUUUGCUGCUCCCGUCGAAGAGCGCGCCCUCCAGGUGACCGUCUCUCUGGCCAACGAUCAGUCUGGAGCCAACGCCGGCGUCCAAUUUCCUGCCGACGGCAACAACAGAAGCAUUCGCACGCUCUACGGCAACACCCCUGUGGGCGCCGGGGGCACCGUCCUCGCCUCGUCGGCGCAACUCACGGCCUUCCCUCAGACCAUCAACUGCGUCAUCAGGAACAAUGGGGCCGUCAUUGCCACCCUGACCGCGCAGAGAACCUUUGCCGACCUCGACGGCAAUCCGAAUGCGGCGAUUCCCGUGAAUCUGAACGGUGGUGUCAUCAACUGCAGGGCGUGA